CGAGGCCGAGGGAGGGAGAGAGUCCUUCAGGAUACAAUGGCGGAGUGGCGGGGCACGGCGGCGGUCCUCCUGGUCAUGUCCCUCGCGAGUGUCCCGCCCGCACGCCCACGCCCCAACCCCUCUUUCAUCUUGCCCCACCAAGCCCGCGAUAUUGCCACUACCACCCCCUCCCCGGACGGUUGGUCGCUCAAGGACACGAUAGCGCGCAUGGACGAGUUGCUACAGCGACACAACGACUACAACGACGUGAUGCUUGAGUCUGGCGAGGAGGACGACCAGCUCUCACGGCUGCUGUACAAAUUGCAACACGGGGACAGGGUACGCGAGGGUUGGUAUGACGAACCCACACCGCCUGAUUUGGGACUGGACGAGCCUACCACCACGACGCGCCGCCACUCCCGCAGGGCCAGGCGACAGCACAGGCUCGCCGCCACCGCACUAAAUGAGGCCACAGCACAAGCUCUCAUCCGGCAAGAGAGAAAGGCAAAAAAAAGCAAGGAGAGGAGAGGAUCAGGUGGAAGAAGAGGUAAAAAAAAGCACCGAGGCAAGAGCUGGGAGAGACGCUGCAAUGACGGAAAACCAAGUCAUCGGUCAGGGAAGCACCACAGCAGAGAGAAACACAAACACAGAAGCCAAGAGAAACACAAACAUCACAGCAGGGAACGUUGUAUUACAGAGGAGGACACUUCCACCACCACCACUGCUUUUCCCACCACUACUGCUGCCAUGUCCACCCAGAUACCAUUUAAACCUAACUCUACACCGCUCACCUCCACUACCAGCCCUGUGGAAGGUGGUGGUGGUGAUGGUGGUAUCGAUGCCUCUCUUAGUUAUGAGGAUGAUGCUGAAUUUUUACCAUUCUACUAAACACCACACAAAGAUUACAUAUCAUUGCUUCUAUAUAUGUAUUCCAAUGGCUUGGCUGCUUCCUAUGUAUAUUUAAGUAAAUUAUUUAUAAAGAAAA